AUGCAUCCUCAUCUACACACCAAAGACAACAGGGGCUGCGAAGAAGUAAUGGCUGCCCUCGACGAAUGCCACGCCCAAGGCUUUCUACACAAAGUCCUGGGCAACUGCAAUGGUGCCAAGCGGGAGGUCAACAAGUGUCUACGAGCAGAACGGCUUGAAAGGACGGCUAAGAACCGAGAGAAGGCGAAGGAAAAGAAAGAGAGGAUACAGAGAGUUUGGAAAGAGAUCGAUGAAGAAUCGUGA